CGCUGCACUUUGUGAAUGGUCAGCAGUCAUCUCCUGUACUGUCUGCAGUCUCUGGUCAUCUCCUGUACUGUCUGCAGUCUCUGGUCAUCUCCUGUACUGUCUGCAGUCUCUGGUCAUCUCCUGUACUGCAGUCUCUGUCAUGCAGUCUCAGUCUCUGGUCAUCUCCUGCACUGUCCGCAGUCUCUGGUCAUCUCCUGCACUGUCCGCAGUCUCUGGUCAUCUCCUGCACUGUCCGCAGUCUCUGGUCAUCUCCUGCACUGUCCGCAGUCUCUGGUCAUCUCCUGUACUGUCUGCAGUCUCUGGUCAUCUCCUGUACUGUGUCCGCAGUCUCUGGUCAUCUCCUGUACUGUGUCCGCAGUCUCUGGUCAUCUCCUGUACUGUGUCCGCAGUCUCUGGUCAUCUCCUGUACUGUGUCCGCAGUCUCUGGUCAUCUCCUGUACUGUAUCCGCAGUCUCUGGUCAUCUCCUGUACUAUGUCCGCAGUCUCUGGUCAUCUCCUGUACUGUGUCUGCAGUCUCUGGUCAUCUCCUGUACUGUGUCUGCAGUCUCUGGUCAUCUCCUGUACUGUGUCUGCAGUCUCUGGUCAUCUCCU